ACACAAAUUUUGUUAAAUGAAUAAUGGGACUUUUUUUCGGGCACAUCACGCAUCACGGUCAAGUGCUAAUAAACGUAAAAUAAACAAAAUUCAAAAAAUCAUCAUUGUAGACUCGAUUUUAACUGAGUAUUAAUAGGAUGGCAGAAUAUAAUUCAGCCAUUUAUUACUAAUUUAAUGCGUUGCAAUCGUGAAUCGAAAAUAAUGUAAAACAAUAACUUUCAUUGAUAUUUUAAAUGCACGAAUAAAUGUGAUGCUCAUUGAUAAACAAGUACAUUGCAAUUAUCGAUCAGUUGGAAAAGUAAAUCUCCCGCCAGUCGACAUACAUAGCGAAAGUUCAACAGUUUGUUGGAAUUGAAACGAGAAAAAAAAAUCCAAAAACAAAAGUGCCUUCAUUUGGUCGAAGUAAAAAUGAUAAUGGGCCGUUGGGGUAGACAGAGUCCGUUAAAUGAGUUAAAUGAGCCGUCUCCACCACCGUUGCCACCAAAAAAUGCAAUAAACAUUGUUCGCCAAUCAAGUUUCAAGCGGCUUGGUUCGAUUUUAAACUCAACUAAAAAUGGAAUCACCAAAAAAUCGUCAAGCCACGGCGAAACAUCUUGGUGCUUCUCACAAAUUAAAGGGGCUUUAGAUGAUGAUGUUACAGACGCCGAUAUAAUAUCGUGUGUCGAGUUCAAUCAUGAUGGUGAGCUCUUAGCUACAGGUGAUAAAGGCGGACGCGUUGUUAUAUUUCAGAGAGAUCCUGCCUCCAAAACAGCCGUACCGAAACGUGGCGAGUACAAUGUCUAUUCAACAUUUCAAUCACAUGAGCCCGAAUUCGAUUACCUAAAAUCAUUGGAAAUCGAAGAGAAAAUCAACAAGAUUCGAUGGUUAAAGCGAAAAAAUCAAGCGCAUUUUCUACUGUCAACAAAUGACAAAACAAUCAAAUUGUGGAAGGUGUCCGAACGUGAUAAGCGUGUCGAAGGUUAUAAUACAAAAGAAGAGAUUGGCUCGAUACGUGAUCCAAUUUCGAUCACAUCGAAAGAUCAACUUCGUAUACCAACAACAAAACCAAUGGAUCUAUUGGUGGAAGCAUCACCGCGACGAAUAUUUGCAAAUGCGCACACAUACCACAUAAAUUCAAUAUCGGUGAAUUCGGACCAAGAGACCUAUCUGUCGGCCGACGAUUUACGCAUUAAUUUAUGGCAUUUAGAAAUAACCGAUCAAUGCUUCAAUAUUGUUGACAUUAAGCCAACGAAUAUGGAGGAGCUCACCGAAGUCAUAACAGCAGCUGAAUUUCAUCCAAAUGAAUGUAAUUUAUUUGUGUAUUCCAGUAGCAAGGGAACGAUAAGAUUGUGCGACAUGCGCUCGUCGGCACUAUGUGAUCGGCACGCAAAACAAUUCGAAGAGCCCGAUAAUCCAACCAAUAGAAGCUUUUUCAGUGAAAUUAUAAGUUCGAUUAGUGAUGUAAAACUAAGUAAUUCGGGUCGUUAUCUAAUUUCAAGGGAUUAUUUGAGCAUCAAAGUGUGGGAUCUGCACAUGGAAUCGAAACCAAUCGAAACAUACCCGGUUCACGAAUACUUACGAUCGAAGCUGUGUUCGCUGUACGAAAACGAUUGUAUAUUCGAUAAAUUUGAAUGUUGUUGGAACGGUGAUGACACACAAAUUAUGACUGGUAGCUACAAUAACUUUUUCCGUGUGUUUGAUCGUAAUCGUCGCACCCAAAAUGAAAUCACUCUGGAAGCAUCACGGGACAUAAUCAAGCCGAAAACUGUAUUGAAGCCGCGAAAAGUGUGCACCGGUGGCAAACGAAAAAAAGAUGAAAUUAGUGUUGAUUGUCUGGAUUUCAAUAAAAAAAUACUUCACACAGCCUGGCAUCCACAAGAGAACGUUAUUGCUGUUGCAGCGACCAACAACUUAUUCAUAUUUCAAGAUAAAGUUUAGCCAAACUUUUUCUUCAACGCUAUAAUUACGUUCAUCCUUAAUUUUACUUGCUAGUGAGAGAGAAAUAGAAAGUGAGAGAGAAAAAGAGAGAGAGAGAGAAAAAAUCAUUUUAUUUUUGUUCUUCAUUCUUUUUUUUUUCUUUGGAGUUUCUGAAUUUGAAGCCGAAAGACCAGUAAAUUUGGUUUUGGAACAACAAACACAAUUAAUUCAACAAUUUUUUUUCCGGAACUUAUGAAUAUAUCUAUUUUUUUAAUUCAGUAACAGAAAAAAAAACAAAAUUGUCUCAUUCGAACAAAAAAACAAUACGGAAAAAAGGCAUACAAUCGAAAUCAGAAGUAAAACAAAUACAAAAAAAUGAUAUAUACACUACAAUCAAAUAUGUUAAAUAAUAAGUAAACAAUUCAAAACUUUUUAACUUUUUUUUCUGUUUCAAAUGAAAGAAAGAAAAAAAAACAUAAAAAAAUAAAAAAAAUAAACGUUUUAUUUAAAUAGCGUUCCUUUUAAUCGAUCGAAAGACAAACAAAACUAUAUUACAAAGAAAACCAUUUUGAACUUGAUAUAAGACAAUUUUUUUUUAUUUGAGAAAAAAAGAAACGAUGAUUGAGCCAAUUUGAAAAUUCACAAAAUCGAUGAAUAAAUAAAAUCCGUAUGAAUGACAAAAGAGAUUGGAGAGAAAAGAUAUUCAUGAGAAAAUGUUCUUUAUGAAAUUCGACACACAAACUCAAUUGACGUCAUAUGCGAGAAAGAAAUAAAAGACAACUGAACGAAUAAAAUUGCGAGACUUCGCACCAGCAACAUUGUUAUAUCGAAAACUGAUUAAACUUUUAUAAAAAAAAUAUAUGUAUGCAACAGCUGCCAUUUUUUUUUCUUUCCAUCAUCAUACAACAGAAAAAAGAGAGCAGAGAGAAAUAAAAUUAAAAAAAAAUAAAAUAAUAAAAGUGAAAUGAAACGAGUUGUAACGAAAAACGUGAUCCGAUUUUCGCCGAUUCAAUUGCGCCUUACAUAUAUCAUUUUAUAAUAUGUGUGCAAGCACAACACAAAUUAUGUGAGAAAUGAACACAUCGGAAUUAACAAUGAAAUGUUGAUAAAUUACGAAGAAAGAAACAAACAAACAAAAAACAGAAAAUAAAUUCUAUUUUUUACAGUUACUUAAUAAAAUACUUAAUUUAAAAUUGAAGAAAAAAACAUA